UUUCACGACGUGUAUCUCUUAUCGCCGACAGGUUAACUACACCCCGCCUCGCUGUCACUGUCAUAUGCUGUUAAGCAUUUGUCAACAGUCGGGUCAAGCCCGGUCCCUGGAAGCUGAAGUGAGCCGGGUAGAAGUUGAAAGGUCAUAAAUGAAAACAGGAGGCACGUGUGACUUGAGAACUCGUUUAAGUAGCAGCAACAAUGGCUGCCAUCUACUCAGGCAUCCAUCUGAAGCUAAAGAGCCCUAAUACUCCAUGGGAGGACAAGUUAAAGCUAGCACGUUUUGCCUGGAUCUCCUCUCAGUGCUUGCUACCCAACAAGGAACAAGUCCUGUUGGAUUGGUGCACAUAUGCUCUUACAGGCUGGUAUAAUAAAAAGGUUGAGUUCUCACAAACUGUGCUCGAGGGCCUGUGGAGUUGCCUUAAUGAUUUCCUUCAUAGUCGGAAGCUCCACAUCACUCUUAAGGAGGGAAAGCCGGUCAGUGUGAGGCUCAACAUGGCACAGCUGCUACUCAACCUCCUUGAGGAGUGUUCCGGCACCCCCACCACGCUAUCAGUGGGUGUGUCCACCCUGCUGAGUGUGUGCCAGGGAAUUCUCUCAUCCUCUACUCUCUCAUCUGUCUUCACCACCAAGUACGAGCUCAUGGUCAGUCUCGUGGUUAAAGUCUGCUCCUUCGCCUGCCAUCAACUACAACAAGCUCUGCCCUCAGGAUCCCAUCAGCCUGAACUCAUAACAGACACUGUCAGUCUUCACACAGACGAUCAGAACUCUCGAACCGAAGUGAUUCUUAACAAAGAGCUCGAGGAGAGCCCAAAGAAAAUCACCAGUGGAGCUCAUGUGUUUGAGUUGUUGCUUCAGGUUUUAACGUCGUAUUUAUCAGUUCAGCGACGACAAGCCAAUUCAAACAGAGUUUUCACCUCGGUAACAAACCAGCUCCUUGAGCCGUUAUUGCUCCUCAGACACAUGCUGACAGCUGCUGAGUACGCUGCGUCCCACACAUAUCUGAGUCUCCGCCAGCAUCUUUGUAGAGACGUUCGGGUCAGGAUAGACUCCAUCCUUCAGUUGUCACUUUUCUCUCCUGAACACCUGGCAUCCUACAAAGAGGAGCUUCUACCCUCCAAAGGGGAUACUGGAAAACGUGGACCCGGUGUAACAAAAGGCCCCCUACGGCCAGCCAAUGCUGUACUUUGCAAAUUAGGUUCAUGUGAGCCACCGCUGCCUUACUCUGUGAAAUCAAACAGCGUCCCAUUGCUUUUUAAAUUGUUUCUUGAAAGCUACAGAAAAUGUCGAGCGGAAAAUGAGGAAGAGCACAGGAUGCUGUGUUUCUAUUACCACACAAAGUUGUUGCCUGCUUUGGAAUUGUCCCCCUCUGAUGGCCCCUGUUUGCCCGAAAAUUGGUGUCUAGCUCUGCUGGCUAUGGAAUCACUGUUGAGCCAGGCACUCUCUGCAGAUAUUUAUAAUGUGGCAGGAGACAGAAUAAGACAUGCAGAGGUCCAGCUCACCUUCUACAAAAGCCUCGCACAAAUUCUCUUCAAUCAGGCCCAGCCUAGCAUCCCUGCAUGGUAUCGCUGUUUGAAGGUGCUUCUGGGUCUCAACCACAUGAUUCUGGACCCAUACUUUGACGAGUUGUUAUCUUCAGCCUGGGUUAAUGCCGACUGUAUGGAAACACGAGUCCAACGGGCCCGACAGAUGAUGCUGUGCAGUCUACUCCAGACAUACACCAAGCUCCGUCAGCUGCCUCGCUUCUUCUCUGAGCUCCUCUCAGUGAUCUGUCAGCCAUCUCUUGACAAGGGUCGACCCCCCCUUCUCUCCGCCGGCAUCUCUGCCUCACUCAGGACCAGCAUUCUGGAUACCCCUCCCUCGCAGGGCCUUGAAAUUUGCUCCUUAGUGGUGGAGAACAUGAGAAAAUAUGUUUUACCGGGCCUGGUAAAGAAAGAUGGAGAGGCAGAGAAGAUGGAGAUUGAUGGAGUGAGUGGUGAAGAAAAGAGGGAUUGGGAGCAGGAAGAUGCAUCAAUGAAGCUUUUCAGUCUGAGCCAGCUCCUUCACAUUCUUUUGUUCAGUCUGAAGACCCUAGACAAUGCUUCUCCCCUUCCCUUGGUCAGACAAGGUCAAACCCUGAUGGAGGAGAUGCGGAAGCUUCUCCACGACCUGCUGCAGCUCUUGUCAACAGAAAGCAAGGCUACGAAAGUAAACGUGAGUUCAGUUCCGAAAGCAACAAAGAAAAGAAAAAAGAAAGUGGCCCUGGAAGAGUCUCCAAAAGCAUCUAACUCUCUUUGGCAGCUGAAAACCCAAGAUUCAGUUCUUCUGCUCAGAUACAGUUGGAUAGAAGUGGACACACUCUUUAACAUCUACUGCAGCAAAUACACACCUCUUGACUCCAAUGCUGAAGCCUUAACAAGCAUAGAGAAUCUCCUAAAUUCUGAGAUAAAUUCUGUGCGUCUGCAUCCAGGCAGUCCCAUCAGCUUUGUUCAUCUGAAGCUCCUCACUUUGCAACAGAUAAAGAAAGUUCUGUUGGACUCAGCCUCACUCGCAGAACCGAGUACCUCAGAGUCCCUGCAAAGGGCAGUCGGAUUUAUUUUGGCUAGAGAUGAGCUCCGGUUAUGUUCAGAAGGAGAUCAUAUGUGGGACGGGCAGAUGAGCAGUGUGGACUCCAGCACUCACCGUGUUGCACACUGGUUUGUGGUCAUAUCUAACCUACCUUUGCUGGCCCCCUACCUGAACAGGGAAGACGCGAACUGCAUCGCAAAUGUUCUGGUUACGUCGUUGCUGAGCAAGCAGUCCAGCAGAUGCAAAGAUCAACUCUCUGUCUCCCUCAUAUCCUCACAGCUUAUCCACAGCUCCGUUCUGGGCGAGUUGCCAUCGCUCUUCUCCGCUACUGUUGGUUCCCUCUCGCAGAGGAUUUUUGGGGUUCUAACAGCCGCGCAUGCCCCUCAAGUUUGUCCCACCCUCGAGAAGUAUCAGGAAGCACAAAAUGGUGAGAUGGAGCUUUUGUCCGCCUUGGUGAAACAGACCAUUGUAGAGGACAUGAGCGUGUGCUCACAGUCUGGCAAAGUGUUUGUUCUUUUGAGCGACGCUCAAACCAAAGAGCUGAUAGACCUCCUGUCAAUCUUUUCAAGCCUUAACCCAGAUGGGCUGAACUCUCAGGACUUGUCAUGCAUUUUCCUCCUCCUUGCCUUCAUGCUCACAUCCACCGCUUGUUAUUCAGAAGCUUCAUAUUCAGCGCAUUGUUGCGCAGGAUUCCAAGUGAAGCUGCUCAAGGUACUUGCUUGUCUUGUGGAGGGCAAAAACUUCCAUAGUGUUCUGAAGAUCAUUCACGGCGGCACUCUGCUGCAGGCUGUGGUGUCCACGAUGCUCUGGCACAGCAAGAAAGGACGAUUCAGCUCCACCGGUAGCUCUGAUUGGUUGGAUUUGAUGAAAGCCACGCAGGACUUCAUCAUAUAUUUGAUCAACUUAAUUCUGAUCAGGAACAGCAGCGUGCGUCUCAAUCUGGACCAGAUUGCCUCAUUUCUUACCAGUGAGGACACCACAUCAAAUCCUGGCGGCUCUAUCAUGUCUGUUCAUCUUCGACUGGCAUCGUUGGCCGCCACCUCCAAGGCGAUGGCCUCUUACCUGGGAAGGAGUAAAUCGAUGGAUCAAACCUUGACCCAAUCCCUUGCAAGAAUUGCAUCUUCAAUGGGAUCAGCUGUGGAAUCGGUUCUGAAGGCCCAGAAUGUCGGCGAGGCUGGUAUGCAGCCGACCUGCUUGCUCAGUCCAGCCUUUGUGGUCGACACCGUCACGGUCAUGCUGCGGUGUGAGAUGUCCUCCUUGGCGGUGGGGGGCAACGACAAGACCAUCUUGCGCCAGGAGAAUCUCUAUCCGGGUUUCUGCCAGCAGAUUCUGAAAGAGAUGAACUCGGCAGCCAGACCCAUUGAUUUCCUAGUUUCAUCUUUGCAUUUCCUCUCAGCGUUCUACAUGGCAGCGAUGAAGACGGGAGAAGAGGAGCAGGAGAAAGAGGAAGAAAAGAAAGUAAAAGCAAUGGAUGAGUUGUAUGCUCAGAUCAUUCAAAAUGUACACAAACUUUUGACAGCUCCAUGGCUAUCCCCAUGUGACGUGUGUGAGCUGGAGCCAGCCGUGCAGAAUCUGCUGCACCACCUGCUGGAGAACAGCACCCCCUGCAAGUUCAGCAUGUUGCUGACUAUGAUCAACAAUGGGUUGGACACUUGCAAGCUGAGCGCUGGCAAUUACAAGGAAGUGCUGGCUGUUGUCAUCAUUGCCAAGUUGCUGUCCUGCUGUCAGUUACCUGAACCUUGCUCCAAAGCUCUGUGGUUGGUUGCACCGCAAAUUCUGUCUGCUAUGGUGUUUCUUGUACGGUCAUCCAGUCAGGUCACGAGCUUGGCCGUGACCUUCACCAUUCCUACCGUGACAGCGAUGACGACGCUGCUGCGCCAGGGCGAGGGUCUAAUUCGAAACCCUCAUCACGUAGUCUUGAUCCUCGGAGCGCUUCAUGCUGUGCCGCUUGACCAUCUGACUGCGGUUGUUUACCAGUCAGCGUUCUUGGCUAUUCACGAGGCGCUUUUUGCCAUCAUCCAGUGUCAUACUCAGGUGAUGCUGAAUGCCGCGCCAUCAUUCUUGAAUGUCUUUUACCGUCUAGUCACUUCCAUCAUGCAGGAAGGUCGGCAGAGAGGAGCCGCCGACACAGGUGGAGAAAGUGAAGUGUAUCUUCAGUGCUCUCGGCUGGUAGAACGGAUGUACUCGCACAUUGCCGCCAUCUCUGAGAACUUCACCACACUGUCUGCCUUCAUGGUGGCUCAGUAUGUCACAGAACUGCAAAAGGUGACUCUGCGGCCAGACAUCAAGCUGCACCUGACAGAAGGAAUCUACCACAUACUGGACUUAUGUCUGGAGCAUGAUAUCAAGUUCCUAACAACGAGCUUGCAGACCGGAGUCCGUGAGGUGUUUAACGAGCUCUACAGUAGCUACACCCACUACCACAAACCCCAAAGACAAGGAGAAGACAAAUACACUGUUUGAAAAGACACAAUAGGCUCCAAUUUGGGUCCGGGUCACCCCCAAAUUGUGAUGUCCUUCAAAUGGAUUAUCACACAACCAUUUAACAUAUUGUCUGACAGGCAAUGGCAUCCAACAGUGUGGUUGUGUCUUGUUCACCUUUUUUACAUAUUGAAACUGAUCAUGUAUCAAGACAGAGGAGCAUUAUCAUUGUCCCUUUAUCUAACGUACUUUUUCGAGUGUGUAGUAAGAUGUCAAGUCAACUUUGCCAAAUGUGAUACAUGUUAAUAAUUAAUAAUUAAAUGA